AAACAUUUGGUGCCGCGUGUGUAUAUAUAUGCCCAACCGAGUGCUCAAACCUCUCCAACACAUAUUGCAAAAUCGUGGAAAUUCCAAGAUCGGAAAGAUGAAGCCAGUAACCCAAUUCUUGUUUUGCUGUUUCUUCAUUGCUCUUGUUUUGCAUUCAUCCCGGCCUGCAACAUCUCAAGAAGUUGAUGAUGAACGAGACUUUGACUACAGUGAGAAAAGUGGAAAGGGACCGUCUCGAUGGGGAGAGAUUCACCCUGAAUGGAGCUUAUGCAAAGAUGGAUCAACGCAAUCGCCUAUUGACUUGCUGAAUGAAAGGGUGGAAAUAGUUUCCCAUUUGGGGAGACUUAAUCGGAAUUACAGUCCAUCUAAUGCCACUCUCAAAAAUAGAGGCCAUGACAUGAAGCUGGAAUGGGAAGGCGGCGCCGGAUAUAUUGAAAUAAACGGUACUCAAUAUGUACUCCAGCAAAGCCACUGGCACUCACCCUCCGAACACACUAUCAAUGGCCGGAAGUUUGAUGUAGAGGUGCACAUGGUCCAUGAGAGUUCAGAUGGAAAAGUUGCUGUGGUUGGAAUUAUGUACACGAUUGGCCGCCCUGAUUCUUUCUUGACAUUGAUAAGGCAUCAGUUGUCAGCCGUUGCUGGUAACAGUGAAGAAGUGACAGCGAUGGGAAUCGUCGACCCAAAGAAGAUAAAAAUAGGCAGUAGAAAGUAUUACAGAUAUAUUGGGUCCCUUACAAUUCCCCCUUGUACUCAAAAUGUUGUAUGGACCAUCGUGAGAAAGGUGAGGACUGUUACACGAGAACAAGUUAGGUUGCUUCGCGUGGCCGUUCAUGAUGGCUCAGAGACAAAUGCAAGACCACUACAACCAAUAAAUAGGCGAUCAGUGCAUCUAUAUAGACCAAGUGAAGUGGAAGAUUAAAUUCUGUCACUGUCAGGGGUUUCCCUUGAAUCUUAUAUGGCGUGAGAAAUAUUUAGUCUAUAUAAGAAUUUUAUAAAAAUAUUUAUAAAUUAAUAUAACUUGAUAUAAAAUAAAUCUGAUGUAUUACAUUUAGUCUCGACAUUAGUUUGUGGCUUACUUUUUUAUAAAAUUUUUAUAGGCAUAGGAUAAAUGGAGGCUUAGGACUUGGGACGGAUUACGUAUACAUGAUGUAUUAAAUUUAUUUCCAUUGUUAAUUAUACAUUGUUUAUUCUUCGAGAACAUUUGUAGAUCUACCUUCCAUGAACAAGACAGGCUAGCGUGUUUUUCAGAA